AUGAUACCCACACUUGGUUGGUUUGAGAUGAGGGACCAGAACUGGGAUCGAAAUUCAAAGAUCGCAUACCUGGCGAAACCAAGUGAACUUUGGCCGACUGUUUUCAACGCCACACUAACUGGCAAUACCACACAAGACGCCGGUUGUCUAUCCGAUCCACUGUCAUUGUCGAUGGGCUGCCCGUCAUCCGGGUUUGCCGACAUUGCCGAGUGGUUCAUAGGCGCUACAUACACGGCUGCGCGCAAUAGUCCAACCUUCAAUGACGUAUUCAGCAAUGCCAAACGAGCAGUAUCUUUUGGAAUUGUGCCGCGUUGGGAAGACGCUCGAAGGGCAGUCUCAACGACCGGGGCCACAGUCACAGUUGUCACAGAGUUGACCGCUCUGACGUUAGGCACUUUCUUCAACUACGCGACCCGGAACAAUAUUGGAGGUACUCGCGAUGUCCUCUACCCACGUUUCCGUAUUGCUCAAGAUACGCCAACCUAUCAACCUGUGGUACAUGUGAAUUGUGUUUCGGAUCUGGUCAAGUCUGAUCGAGACAUGCGCAACGCCACUUUCCCUCCAAUACGAAGUCCAUGGGCAGACGAUGCGGCCUAUGUCGAUGAUCCGUUCGUUCUGAACACCGAUGAUCCGAUUUGGGACGGGCUUCCAGACCUUCAAUCACGAUUUAAGUGGUUCAAGGAUACCCGCAAUAUCGCCUCUUCAUCGCUACUUGCGCUUGCCAUAGUACCGGUGGAAGGCACCAAUGUCACAGUUGAAUCGUUUCAAUCCUCUGGGGUCGUUGCCUGUUCCAUCGACGCACGCUGGGCAGGAAGCGCAGCAUACUUUGAGCCGAAGAAUUCGACGGCAGUAUCCAGCAAUGUGACUGACUAUCUAAUCUCGUCUUUGGAUUCGUGGUAUCGACCGGAGAACAGGGCAAAGUUCGCUCUUUCAGAGUUGCCCCUGAAUCUCAACUUAGACUGGGCUGCAUAUCUCAACGCAAAGACGAACCAGUCCGCCUACGGCAACGAAGAAUAUGCCCCAGCUAUUGAGACUUUGCUCGACACCCCGACUUCCGUACGGUCAAACAACAUAACAUCAUACAUGGCACCGAACAUUACGACGGCAAGUCUGAAUGGCGCAAUAGAGGAGUCUGUGGCCACUCUCAUCGGCAUCAUCGUAGCCGACGGCAUUUCCCGGUUGGUUGACAAUGGCCAUAUCCCAUGGCUCAUCUCGGAAUCACCUGGUGAAGAUGCCACCUUCACUGCGCUGUGGUCUUUCAUAGCCCAGAAUGUCGCUUAUACAGGUCUACAACCAGAAUACCUUCUUCAGGUCAUGUUCGACCGAUACGGAUACGGCUAUAGGUUCAGAAGUACAUCGUCGUGGGCCGCGAUGAGCGCUCUGUUUCUGUACGCGAUGAUCACACUGGCCUACAUGAUGGUUGUAGUAACCAUGCAUAUACGCAAGCGAUAUGUUGGCAGCGAUGGAUGGGACAAUGUCGGAGAUAUCCUGGCGCUCGCGAUGAACUCGGCACAGAGCGCAACACUGUAUGGCACGAGCGGUGGCAUUGACAAUGGAGACACUUGGCAAGCAAUAGUGAAGGUUCGCGAGAUAGGCGACCACCACCUCGAGCUCCAAUUCGAUGCUGAUCGGCAGGGUGAUGGGGGAAAGAUGGUGACCGUUGGGAAGAAGUACUACUAG